AUGACGCUGACACGCUCGCAGACGGGGAGGACCCCCAGGAAGAUUGAACGUCCUGAAUUCGUCGAGACUCCUGGACGCCGUGUAACUCGCAGUCGUCUUUCAAUUACUCCCGACCCAACAGCCGAAAUGACUCCGACAUCCCUGGACAGCGGGCCCCGAAGCUCACCGCGCAAGCGCAAGUCUACCAAGGCCAAAGUGGAGGACGACUCUCAAGAGGACGAGAUCUCUUCCAAGGCCAACGGAAAGACCAAUGGGCACACUAACGGACAUACCAAUGGCGCCCCCAAGGUCAUUGACGGCUGGAUCGAAGGCAAAGACCCCAAGGUCGACUACAGCGGGGAGUUUGAAUUUGGCGGAUCGUGGGGCGCCAGCGCGCUGAUGAUCGGUUUCCCACUGCUCAUGUACUACAUGUGGAUUGGCGCAACUUACUAUGAUGGAAAGCCUCCUCUUCCAGCCGACGGCCAGAGCCUGCAGGAGUUUGUCACGCACCUGGGCGGUCUCGCUUACGAGGGAGCCUUUCCGUCGCUCAAGGCGUGGACCAUGUACUGGGUGUUCUUCGUCUUUGAAGGCAUUUGCUACAUCCUCCUCCCCGGAAUCACUCUAUCUGGACGACCUCUGCCUCACGCAGGUGGAAAGCAACUGCCUUACUACUGCUCUGCCGUUGCUUCGUUCUAUGUCACUCUCGCCGUCGCCUUGGGUCUGCACUUCAGCGGUCUCUUCAAGCUGUAUACCAUUAUCGACGAGUUUGGUCCUCUGAUGAGCGUGGCCAUUCUUUCCGGCUUCCUGGUAUCCAUUGUCGCCUACUUCUCGGCCUUGGCUCGUGGUGCCGAGCACCGCAUGACUGGGUAUCCGAUCUACGACUUUUUCAUGGGUGCGGAGCUUAACCCGCGCAUGUUUGGUAUCCUCGAUUUCAAAAUGUUCUUUGAAGUUCGCCUUCCGUGGUACAUUCUCUUGCUUGUCACCAUGGGUGCUGCUGCUCGACAGUACGAGUUGUAUGGAUAUGUUUCUGGAGAAGUGGGCUUUCUUCUCAUGGCCCACUUUCUGUACGCCAAUGCCUGCUCCAAGGGAGAGGAGUGCAUUAUCUCGACCUGGGAUAUGUACUACGAGAAAUGGGGCUUCAUGUUGAUCUUCUGGAACUUGGCCGGUGUUCCCCUGAGUUACUGCCACUGCACCAUCUACCUCGCCAACCACCACCCUGACACAUACCGCUGGAACCGCUACGUCUUGGCCUUUUUGUACGUCGCCUACCUGUUUGUCUACUGGGUCUGGGACACCGCAAACAGCCAAAAGAACCGCUAUCGCCAGAUGGAACGCGGCACAACAGUGUUCCGCAAGGCAUUCCCACAACUUCCCUGGCAAACAGUACACAACCCGGAUACCAUCAAGACCCCCAACGGAGGCACAAUUUUGGUUUCGGGAUGGUAUGGUCUGGCACGCAAAGUGCACUAUACCUGUGACCUGUACUUUGCCUUGAACUGGGGCCUGAUCACGGGGUUCAACAGCCCGUUCCCUUGGUUUUAUCCUUUGUUCUUUGCGGCCAUGAUCACUCAUCGCGCGACUCGCGAUAUUCAGCGCUGCCGUCACAAGUACGGCGAGGCAUGGUUGGAAUAUGAGAGACGGGUUCCGUAUCUGUUUAUUCCUUACGUCUUUUAA